GAAUUGUCUCGUUGUCCUCUCAGUUUCAUCGGCCGUUUUGAAUCUCCGGCGACUAGACAGAGAAACAAGGAAGAAGAUUAAGAGAAAGUGAGAUAAGCCAGGCUCUCUUUAGAUCGCCUUUGUUUUCUUCCUCAAUCUCAUCUUCUUCUUCCGAUUUUCUCCAUCUUUCUUUCAAGCUCAUAAAAAAUGGCUGAGGCUGAUGAUAUUCAACCAAUCGUCUGUGACAAUGGUACCGGUAUGGUGAAGGCUGGAUUUGCAGGAGAUGAUGCUCCUAGGGCUGUUUUCCCCAGUGUUGUUGGUAGGCCAAGACAUCAUGGUGUCAUGGUUGGGAUGAACCAGAAGGAUGCAUAUGUUGGUGAUGAAGCACAAUCCAAGAGAGGUAUUCUUACCUUGAAGUAUCCUAUUGAGCAUGGUGUUGUCAGCAACUGGGAUGAUAUGGAAAAGAUCUGGCAUCACACUUUCUACAAUGAGCUCCGUAUUGCUCCUGAAGAGCACCCUGUUCUUCUUACCGAGGCUCCUCUUAACCCAAAGGCCAACAGAGAGAAGAUGACUCAAAUCAUGUUUGAGACCUUUAACUCUCCCGCUAUGUAUGUCGCCAUCCAAGCUGUUCUCUCCCUGUACGCCAGUGGUCGUACAACCGGUAUUGUGCUGGAUUCUGGUGAUGGUGUGUCUCACACUGUGCCAAUCUACGAGGGUUUUUCUCUUCCACAUGCCAUCCUCCGUCUCGACCUUGCUGGUCGUGAUCUCACUGAUUACCUCAUGAAGAUCCUUACAGAGAGAGGUUACAUGUUCACCACAACAGCAGAGCGGGAAAUUGUAAGAGACAUCAAGGAGAAGCUAUCCUUUGUUGCUGUUGACUACGAGCAGGAGAUGGAGACCUCAAAGACCAGCUCUUCCAUUGAGAAGAACUAUGAAUUACCCGAUGGGCAAGUCAUCACGAUCGGUGCUGAGAGAUUCAGAUGCCCAGAAGUCUUGUUCCAGCCCUCGUUUGUGGGAAUGGAAGCUGCUGGAAUCCACGAGACAACCUAUAACUCAAUCAUGAAGUGUGAUGUGGAUAUCAGGAAGGAUCUGUACGGUAACAUUGUGCUCAGUGGUGGAACCACUAUGUUCUCAGGUAUCGCAGAUCGUAUGAGCAAAGAAAUCACAGCACUUGCACCAAGCAGCAUGAAGAUUAAGGUCGUUGCACCACCUGAAAGGAAGUACAGUGUCUGGAUCGGUGGUUCCAUUCUUGCUUCCCUCAGCACAUUCCAGCAGAUGUGGAUCUCCAAGGCUGAGUAUGAUGAGGCAGGUCCAGGAAUUGUUCACAGAAAAUGCUUCUAAGCUCUCAAGAUCAAGGCUUAAAAAGUUGGGUUUUUAUGAAUGGGAUCAAAGUUUCUUUUUUCUUUUACAAUUUGCUUCUCCAUUUGUUUGUUUCAUUUCCCUUUUUGUUUUCGUUUCUAUGAUGCACUUGUGUGUGACAAACUCUCUGGGUUUUUACUUACGUCUGCGUUUCAAAAAAACCGCUUUCGUUUUGCGUUUUAGUCCAUUGUUUUGUAGCUCUGAGUGAUCGAAUUGAUGCCUCUUUAUUCCUUUUGUUCGCUAUAAUUUCUUUCAAAACUCAGAAGAAAUACCUUGAAACUCUUUGCAAUGUUAAUAUAAGUAUUGUAUGAGA